GAUGCGCUGCAGAUACAAUCAACAAACAAUGGCCAAGGCAAAUCACCAGCUCUUGGAAAUUAACUUGGAUUUUAUGACAUAUUUAGAGUCGUAGGUAAAUUUUAUGCGUUUUGUUUAAUUCUCUGCUUUAUGUUGGCACUUUAACUGCACUUCCUUACGCACUAUGUGGCUAGAAUUUCCACACUUUUAAGCUGGCACCGCAAGUGACAUGAUUUCCAAAAAAACUGCACUGGGCCACAAAAAUAUUAUUUUAUAUAUAUUGCACUUUAUAUCCGCGUGUGGUUUUCUUUUCGGGCGUGUAAACGUGAAAAUGCGAGUGGGCGGCGACGACGUAGCGGCGACGACGAUGCGCGCGAUUUUCUCGCGUUUGGCUGGCGGAACGUUCAAGAUGGCACUGCCGGGCGAUCCGCGCCGAUCGACUUGACAGUCCAUGGAGCCGCCCAGCGGACCCGUCGUUAUUUAUUCCGGAAUAUAAAUUAUAAGUAUAAAUAAUAUUUCGAUGAAUAAAACUUAUGCAUGUUCUAUGUAUCUUCUAUUCAGUAUUU